AUGUUGAAGACAAGGAUGUUUGCUUGGGACUCGGCUGACUUGUGUGUCGUCGAUGGGCCGAUCGUUGGGGCACGUGACUACCUGGUGGCAAACAAGUUUGCAAUAACACAUUGCAUUGAUCCAUGUCCUUUGUUUGAGAAAAUGAUGGAGGUUUUCAAUAACGUGUCGUCGGAAGAGCUGAUUAAAAGUGUAGGCUCCUAUUCGGGUGGGUGA